AUGGCUGGCGCCAACAAGGAGCAACCCGCCGGCACGAGGCGGAACAGGAUGAGCUUCUGCAAGGAUGGCCCCGCAGCGCGGUGUGCCUCCAGACCCACAUGCACCGACACCCAAGAGCGAGUUGCCGUCUGGGAUGCGGUGGCCGACUACGUACAAGAGCACCUCCUGGUGCAGAAGGGGGUCUGGAUUGCCACCUUUGGCACCUUUGACACCAUCAACAAAGACAUCAGGAGUGAGGACGGGACUGUGACUCUGCAGUGGCCGGUGUUUCACCUCUCUGCAAACCUGAUAGCCACGCACCACCUCAAGCCCCGCAGGGAGUCCCUGCCAGCCCAUAGGAAGGUGGAGCCGCUGAAAUACAGCAAGGUGGCUGCAACUGCCUCUGUGACCUGGCAGAGAGCACAGAUGUGCAUCCAAAGCACCGUGUCCCUGAUCUCCGGCUGCCUGAAGAAUGGCGAGAACGUUGCCGUUGUCCUCAAGGACAUUGGAGUGCUCCACAUUGAUGGCCUGACAUUUCAAAUGAAAUUCUACCGCGACUUCCUCGAGAAGCUGUCAGGCAAAGAGAAAUUCAGAAGAGCUCUUCUCAAGGCCCCCUGGCUGCUGGACAUGGUGGCGUCCCGAGCGGCACCGGUGGCCUCCCUGGCGCUCUCUGGCUGCCUUGUCGUCUUUCCCGAGUUUCAAAUGGAGUUUGUGCCCAAACCACCGCCCGGGAGGAUAUACCGCAAGUCCUCAGGAAGCGUCCCUGCUGAGGGGAAACCAAAGAAAGAAGAGGCUUUGCCACCUCUUGUCCAAGAGUGCAAGAAAGUGAGAUUUGCUGGCACGCCAACCUUCAUCAAACGCUUGAGCUCGGCAAGUGUAGAUGCAGGAGAAUUCAGAAAGAUAAGGAGCUUGCUGCGGAAGGACAGCUCUACAUUCAGUCUGCUGCCAGCGAUCUGCGCAGUGCCUGAAGCCCAAAAGCAGCUGCUGACCUGCCAGCUGCAGGGCCAGGAAGGAAGCAAAGGCCAAGAAGACCGGGGCCGAGCGCUGGGAACAAAACGCGUGAGCUUCCGUGAGGAAGACCUGGAAGCGGAAACGUUCCAAGGCCAAGAAUCCAGGCUACCACUGCUGCACUGCGACUCAGUGCAACUUCUCAGGCAGAGGGCUAAGAAGAGCAGGCCAGUGCACAAACAACCUGAGGAGGUGGCUGCAGCAGCAUCUCAGAGUGAGGCCAGCCAGCCUGCAGAGUCCUCCGCCGACAGAGCGGGAGUGCUGCCACCGAUAAACCAAGUAACACAGUCUCCGCAGCGUCAGCCUCCAAACACCAAUGCCCCACCCCGCAGGAAGGCCACCCACUACCCACGCUGAUGCGGGCAUGGGGCGCCCAGGACUGAUAGAGCUCCACUCGAGGCUGCAAAACUGAUGCGUCAAUCCCAUCUGCAUCAUACCUAACAGUAGACCAGGCUGCCCAUGGCCCCAAACAACCUGGCCUUGAACACUGUCAGGGACGCGGCGCCCACGAGCUCUCUGGGCAUCCGUUUCCAGCAUCUCACCACUGGCUCUGGAAAGAACUUCUCCCUGACAUCCAAUCUGAAGGAUCCCGCAACUGAAAACCACUUCCCCUCAUCCUGCCUCGUCUACCACUGUAAAGGGUCGACGGUCCUCCCGUUUGGAGGCUCCGUUUGUAUACUGGAAGGCUGCAGUGUGCUGACCCAACAGCCUCCUCUUCUCCAGGCCCAACAACGAGAUCUGGAGUGAAAUGUAGAGGGGAAAAAUUGACAAUAAAGCCUUACCAUGGGCCUAUC